AUGGCCUCAGUGCUUCCUUACAUCGGGUGGGCUGUUCUGCCUAAUACUGUUUACUAUGGCAUUACCGUUCGUGCCGGCGAGUCUCGUCCAAUGCCAGGAACCCCGCGACAUGAUGUCCACCGUCGCCGCAUCUUUAUCUUUGUGGUCACAAGUUAUCUUCUCUACACAUUGUAUGAAACAUUCCACCAAGUGCAGCUCGCGGGAGACUUCUACCAAGCACUGGGAGUAUCACCAUUCGCCGACGAGCGCACGAUCAAGUCAAGGUUCCGCCGAUUAGCUGCCCAACACCACCCAGACAAAAUCGGCUUGGACAAUGGCGCGGAUGCGUAUUUCAUGUACCUGCGCCAAGCUCAAGAAACACUGGUGAACCCAGUGAAGCGAUUCGCAUACGACCGUUUUGGGCCCGACAUGCUUAAUUGGGGUGACCAGAAGACCAUGCGCGACUUUAUCACCGUAUCAUUCUCUCGGUCUCUGGUCCCGCAUUACAUCGGAGGGUUUGUGACUAUGCUGGUGUUGAACUGGCUGUGGUGGGCCAACUGGGGACGCUACUGGCGUUUCUAUACCUUUGCCGCCAUGUUGACCCUCGAACUCGCGCUUAUUACCCACCCCCAGGCUGCCUUCAUGCCCGCGGCAUACCUUCCCACAUGGCUGUGGGCCUGGAUGCCCGAGCCAGCUUUCCACCUUCUUCCCUUUCAAACAUUGGCUCUGGCUCGUCGCGCAUCAAUUCUACUUCACAUCUUCAUCUCCCAGGUCGCACCGCCAAGCGCCCGCACCUCUGCCGGCGAAGACAAGAUCUCGCCUCAGACCAUGCAACGAAUGGGCCAACUAGUAGCAGGAACGCGGCAGGCCGAUUUCGAGGCCACGCGGAUGCUUGGAGUCGGCCUGGCGCCGUUCCGAGGCGAUCGCGAGAGCGUAUCUGCGCUACGCCGAGGGAUGAAAGAGGGGCUGAUCCUGGGCGGAGUGCGAUCGAGUCCCGAGGUGCAGCGCGCCGUCGCGCAGGUCGUGGAACGGCGCAAUAUGGAGAAGGCUGAGUAG